UAUAAAAUGUUUAGCCAAUACUGACUGGUAGGUUGCAGCUCCCCUUUUGUAUUCACUAAUUAUAGCACAUUAGCUUCUUUAUACAAAAAGCAGAGACGCAGUUUCUUGAAGAGCUGACUCAUUUAAACAACUUUUUCCUCUCCUCUCUAAUGCUUUAAUGGCCACUCAGAUUAACUGUAGUCCAAUGAGUCUUUCUUUAUCUUCAUAAAGAAAGAUAUGAAAAGCUGAGGUUUCUGAGAGGAAGCAAAAAGGAAAGAGAGGGUUGGUAGUUGAAGCAAGGUUGCAUGCUUUAAGUUCUUUUCUCCAUUGCUUGGAUAUUGAAGAUGCAAGUUUCUCAUUUGCUAGGGUCAUUCACCAUUCCUGCAUUAUAUGUUUUUCUUUUACCACUUGUUUCUUGCUCAUCUCAUGGGGAGGCGACUGCAUCCAGCAGUCACAAGAGCAUUAAAGAGAAUGUACACAAGCUGAGUCCUCAAAUGACAUCUUAUAUCGCCGUUCAUGGCCUUCUACUCUGGGUUUCCAUGGGGUUCUUAAUGCCUGUUGGGAUUCUUUUUAUUAGAAUGGCCAACAAAGAGGAAGGUGGGAGAAGGGUUAAAGUUUUAUUCUAUCUCCAUGCCUUGUUGCAGAUACUUGCAGUGCUUCUUGGAACAAUUGGUGCUGUCAUGUCCAUAAAGAAUUUUGAGAAUUCAUUCAAUAAUAGCCACCAAAGAUUAGGUCUAGCCCUUUAUGGUGCCAUUUGGAUACAAGCCUUGAUUGGAUUUUUCAGGCCUCCUAGAGGAAAUAAAAGAAGAAGUACAUGGUACUUAACGCAUUGGAUUCUUGGAACAGUGGUAUCUCUGGUGGGGAUCAUUAACAUCUACACUGGCUUAAAUGCCUACCAUGAGAAAACAUCGAGAAGUACUGGCAUUUGGACUAUACUUUUCACUGCUGAGGUCUCUUUCAUUGCUUUCUUUUAUCUCUUCCAAGACAAAUGGGAGUAUAUACAAAAGCAAGGGCUGAUACUAGGCAAUGCUCCCCAGCCAACCCCACCCUCUGAUCAAGAGAAUGCCACUGAGCAAAGAGAUAACCAAAAGGUCAUGUUGCCUGAACCAUGUGGCAAGCGUAAUGCGCUUAGGAAUUUGUUUGACUGACUUUGGAUUCUUUUUUUUUGUUUUUUUUGCAAA